AUGUCUUCAGAUCAAUCGGGUUUCACCGGUACCGGUACCGGUGGAAACAUCAUGAAAGUGGAUUUAAAUGACCAAUAUGAUCUUGCAAACAUGGCCUGGAUCGGGGUGGCAUCUGCUUUAGUGUGGAUUAUGAUUCCAGGGGUGGGUCUUUUAUAUUCUGGUAUUUCUAGAAAGAAGCAUGCCUUGUCACUUUUAUGGGCUUCCAUUAUGGCCGCUUGUCUUACCACAUUCCAAUGGUUCUUUUGGGGUUAUUCAUUGUCGUUUUCCCAAACUUCAGGUAAUAACUUUAUUGGUAACUUGGAUAAGUUUGCCUUGAAGCAAACGUUUGGUGCUCCAUCCCCAGUUAGUUCCCUUCCAGAUAUUUUGUUCUGUUUCUACCAAGGUAUGUUUGCUGCCGUCACGGCUAUUUUGUUUGUUGGUGCUGGUUGCGAAAGAGCAAGAUUGGGUCCAAUGUUGGUCUUCCUUUUCAUCUGGUUAACGGUUGUUUACAACUUUAUUGCCUAUUGGGUUUGGAAUGGUAACGGUUGGUUAUUCAAUUUGGGUGCUUUGGAUUUUGCCGGUGGUGGUCCAGUCCAUGAAAACUCUGGAUUUGCUGCUUUGGCUUACUCUUUGGUUUUGGGUAAGAGAAAGGAUCCUUUGGUAACAACUAAGGUUCCAAAAUAUAAACCUCAUUCUGUUCCUUAUAUUGUCUUUGGUACCAUCUUUUUGUGGUUUGGAUGGUUUGGUUUCAACGGUGGUUCUACCGGUAACGCCACCAUCAGAUCUUGGUACGCUUGUGUUAACACCAAUAUUGCUGCUGCUACUGGUGGGUUGACUUGGAUGUUUGUUGAUUACUUUAGAACCGGUGGUAAAUGGUCUACUGUUGGGUUGUGCAUGGGAGCCAUUGCCGGUUUAGUUGGUAUCACUCCAGCUGCCGGGUAUGUUCCUGUUUAUACUUCAGUUGUCUUUGGUGUUGUUCCUGCCAUCGUCUGUAAUUAUGCUGUUGAUUUGAAGGAAAUCAUUGGUAUUGAUGAUGGUAUGGAUGUUUUCGCUUUACACGGUGUUGGAGGCUUCCUUGGUUCCUUUAUGACUGGACUUUUCGCUGCCGAUUACGUUGCUGCAUCAGAUGGUUCUGUUGCCUCUGACCCAUCUCUGGCUAUUCCUGGUGGAUGGAUGAACCAUCACUGGAAGCAACUUGGUUACCAAUUGGCCGGCUCUUGUUCCAUUGGGUUAUGGUCAUUUACCCUCACCGCAUUGUUACUUUUCGCAAUGGAUAAGGUGCCAUUCCUCCGUCUUCGUUUACAUGAAGACGAAGAAAUGUUGGGUACUGAUUUGGCUCAAAUCGGUGAAUUUGCUUACUACGAAGAUGAUGUGGAAACCAACCCUUAUGUUUUGGAGCCAAUCAGAUCAAGUGAUGCCAGAAAGGCGCAAUUGGCUGCCAUUAAGUCCAAUAAAGAAAAUGAAAAGGCCGCUGAUCCUUCCCAUUCUGAUAACAACACCAGUGAGAACAUUUCCAGUAAAUGA